AUGGUCCAUCAGACACCUGUUGCUUCUCCUGACAACAUAGAUGUGGACAUCAGUGAGGCUAGAUCACAUACACUGGAGCAUGCAGGUUCAGCUGAUGCUGAUGUAGAAAACCAUGGAGACACCACACCUCCUGUGUUUGGCCUUGAAAGCAUCUCUUCUACAAAUAUUGUUGACUCUGCAUACACAGACACUCUAGAUGUGGCUGACAAUGUGGUUGCAUAUUCCACAAGUGUGGUUGAUGAUGCACACAGAUCUGUCACAAAUGUCAUUCCUCAAGCAAGCACAGGUGAAGCAAAUACAGAUCCAGCAGAAAACCAGGCAGAUACCAGUUCCAUAGAUGACACGACUGUCCAUGCAAGCAGCCGCCGGAUAGACUCAACUGUCAAGACAUCACAUGUACCUAGAGGUUCAUCUCAAACCAGUCACCAGAGAAUCCCUACGCCUGUUGAGACAUCACAUGUAUCUAGAGGUUCAUCUCAAACCAGUCACCAGAGAAUCCCUACGCCUGUUGCAGUCAAGGAAGUUGGUGCUUCUUUGCCAGAUUCCACACCAUCCCGCAGAUCAUCUCGUAAAAAGCAAAGUACUUUUAGCAGUGAUUUUGAGUAUUAUGCCCUCGGCAGUAUGAAGAUAGAGAUAAAGCCAGAGACGACUUUGUCAUACAAACCCAGACAGGCUACAAGUGAUGCUCAGGACGAUGACAGUGAUGGGUCCAGCGAAAGUGAUGAUGAUAUAGAUGAUGACAAGAUGAAAAACAUAGCAAAAAAGAAAAUUGUAGAGAAAAAGCACAAGGGGAAAGUCUCAGAGGUUGGGGAUAGUGAGGAGGAUGAGACAGACAGAGAGGUUAAGAGUGACAAGGGAAAAGUUAAAGUUGCUGCUAAAAAGAAGACUCAAAAAUUCAGCACAAUAAUAAAGGGGAGCAAGAAGAAAGUCAAGAGGGAGAAAGAGGAGAGUGAAACUGAUGAAGACAGUGGCGAGGACGUGAAUGAGAAUCGAGUCAUCCCUAAGCUGCUGAAGGGACAUAAGAGGAAAAAAGAUGAUGGUUUUGUUAAAGCUAGUAAAAAGAUGAAGGUUGCAAGUGAUCAAGAGGAUGAAAGCUCGGAUGAAGAGGAAUCAACACCAAUAUCUCUCCUGAAAGCUAAACUAAAGGAGGAAUCCACACCAAUCUCCCAGCUGAAAGAUAAACUAAAGGAAGAGUCCAUUCCCAUUUCCAAACUGAAAGCUGAACUGAAGGAGGAAUCUAUACCCAUCUCCAAGCUUAAAGCUAAACUGAAAGAUUCAGACCCUCUCACCCAGCAUAAGAAGGAAGCCUCCAACUCUGCCUCCCCAGCUAAAAUCAAAUCAGCGGAGGAUUUGGAUGCCUUUUCCCUGCUUCAGGCUCAGAUCAGAUUGAAAAGAGAAGCAAAGUCAUCGCAUAUGGCCAGGCCUGAAACAAAUGUAUCAAAUGAUGCAGGCUCCACAAAAACACACCCGAGUUCUCCUGGGAGUUCAGGCUGCAGCCACAGACAUAAACUGAAGCAUGCUGGGAGUUCGCUGAAGAAGUCCGAGAAAGGAAUCUUGGGGAAGAUUGGGGUUAGCAAGAGUGAUGGGAUGAGAGGGGACAGCCCUAAGCAUCCAAAGGAGAGGAACGCUGCAGGGGAUGGUGUCAAGAAAGAAGUGAGAUAUAUCACAAAGAUCAAGGUCAUUAGAAAACCUGACGGCACCAUUAUUAAAAAGAAGGUGCUGGUUCCUGAAAGAGAGAUUCACAGAUUGGAAGAAAAUAAAAUAAGAAAACAGAAUUCCCCUGAAAAAAGUGAAGGGAAGAAAGUAACUAAGUUAGAAAAUACAAAAACUGACUCACAUCAGAAGCAUGCAGUUGCAUCAGGCCACCUGUCUGCCAUGAAACACAAUGGAAGACUGGACAGUGAUGGUUUUCAGAAAAAGAAGAGUCAUCAGUUUCCCAGUAAAGAUGGCAGCACAGGUCUGAAGCAUAAACAUGGAUUGAAGGCAAAGGUUGAGCAUGAUAGGAAAGAUGGUCGCCCUGCCCUGUCAGUUGAUGAUUUGUUGAAGAGGGGCGUCCUACAUAAAAAGAAACACCAUCAACCUUUUGGAAACAAGAAUUUACCAAAACCUGCUGUGAAAGAUAGGAAACCAGAAACUGUCAAGGAUGCUACAAAAACAGAGCAUGAAAACAAAGAGUCUAAAGUUCACCAAAAGGGCAAUAAAUCAGAGAUUAAAAAUUCUAAAGGGCACAGAUCAAGUCAUGUGGAUAAACAGGGACGAGACAGAAGCCGUUCGAGUGAGUCAAGUAAAAGUAGACGGAAAUCAAUGGAAGCUGGCAAGAGAAAGCCGGACAAACAUGCAGAGGUAGAACAAGAUGACAGCCCACCAGUCUUGAUCCCUGCCUCUUCUCUAAGCAAACCAAAACAUAGACACCACAAAGUGGAACAGGAAGUUCCUGUAGACAUAACCAUGAACGAUCUGUUCAAACCAGACACACAUGCCCAAGAUCUGCUCAAUAAGGAAGAAAUACAAGAUAAUGAUGUGCAGUCAGGCGUGGAACCUGAUCGUGUCUACAACAUUUUGAUAGAACAUCAGUACUCAAAACCAGCUUCACCUGUUGUGACGAGCCAGGAUGGACAGGUGGGUGACAGUGUGAUCACUGGGGGAGAGGAUGAUAUUGAGAGCAUCUCACAUGCACAGGCUGUUGUCAUGGAUGCAAAUCUUCCUGACCAGUUUCUAGAGGAAUCUGAUGAACUGGCUGCCAACGACACAGAGAACUUCCAAGAUACCUGGCCUACCACCAUGGAAGAACUGCAACACCUGGUGGAGAGGCGGGACACUGCAGAUAGAUCCUCCAUUCUAGAGAGUUUAGGUUCGGAACUCCAGGAAAGCGGCACAGAAUUUCUGAUUGUUGGACAGGUGGAGGUUGGUAGAGUUCCAGCCUUAUUGAGAGAAGAAAGACAGUCCAUGCAGGAAGUUGCUGGAAGUGAAUCAGAGAAGGCUGAUGGGGCCAGUACUCCAGAGCGUGAUGAGGAGAUUGGUGAUAACAGCGGCGAAGAGCCUAACUUUGAGGAUGAUGAGAAGGAUAUCGAUUGGGAGCCUAACGAUACAGACACUCUGUACUGCAUCUGUCGCAAGCCCCACAACAACAGGUUCAUGAUCUGUUGUGACAAGUGUGAAGAGUGGUUCCACGGAACCUGCGUGGGGAUCAGCAGGGCCAGAGGCCAGGAAAUGGAGGACAACGAGGAGGAAUACAUUUGCCCUUUUUGUGCCAAAGGAGAUCCGGACUUGACUCUGGAGACAGCUGUGCUGUCAUUAAAAUCUCCAGAGAAGAUGAAGUCACAACUGCUGCAGAAAUGUGUUGGACGCAGGUGCAGCAAGGCGCCGCGGCCAGGCUCUGUCUACUGUAGCAAUGAGUGUGUGAUGAGUCAUGCCCAGGAGGCCCUCAAGACCAUCAGAGAAGAGCAGAUGAAGAAAAAGAUAUCUGAGAAACAACCUUCCACACACAGCAAAAGCUCUUCUUCAUCGACACCCAAGACGCUGCCAGCAAAAUCCUCCUCAGCAGCAGACACCGUGGAGGUGAUAGAGAGGGAAACUGGUAAGCUACUGACAGGCUCCAGUGCCCCAACACAGAAAGGCCUGCACCGCUGGCUGGAACAACACCCAACUUUUGAGGUGGUUCUGCCUCACAAACAUCGCAGCAAGAGCUCAUCUUCAAAAGACAAGCAGUCAAGAUCUGAUAGAGACAAAACAUCUUCAGCUGAUAGAGACAGACAGAAAUCUGAUAAAGAUAGAAAACGAGCUGAAACAGAAAAACGAGAUCACACAAGCAGCAAAGAUUCAAGCAGGCAGUCUGAAGCUGAGAAGCAACAGAAUGUGAACUCACAAACAUCUGAUGGGUCCAGGAUUGACGACAGGAGAGGGGACGGACAGAAACAAAUACGAGUUAACGUUCAGACAGCUCUGGGUGACUGUCUCUCGGCCAGAGCAUUGGAGGAUGAUGACAUCAUGCUGUCCAGCAACGAAAUCAAAAGCCUGGCCCUGACCAUAGAGGAGGAGCUGUUUUCUCUGUUUAACGACACAGGACACAAGUACCGCACCAAAUAUCGCAGUCUUGUCUUCAAUAUCAAGGAUCAGAAGAAUAAGGGCUUGUUUCGCAAGAUUCUCACGGGCAAGAUCAAGCCUUAUCAACUGGUACAGAUGAGCACGGAGGAGCUGGCAUCCAAAGAGUUGGCCAUGUGGAGAGAGCAGGCCAGCAAACAUCAGCUGGACAUGAUCCAAAAGACAGAACAACAGGCCUUGAAGGAAAGUGCCGCAGCCAAGCAUGUGAGGAAGAAAACACACAAAGGGGAAGUGGAAGUGGAGGAGGAAGAUUUGAGCGUUCUGGAGACUCGUUUAGAAGAGAAGAAGGAUCCAGAGCCGGACAUUCAAGAGGAACAGCCACAGGUGCCAGUCAUUGACACCACAGAUCAGCACCGCGCGCAUCUCUUUGACCUCAACUGUAAGGUGUGCACUGGCAAGAUUGUGCCAGGGCGGGUAGAGCAGGCAAUGAAGGCAGCACCAGAGAAGCCAGCAACAAUCACAUUUGAACAACCUGAAGAGAAGAAACCAGUGCAGUCUCAGGAAGAGAAAGAUGAUUACGAGAAGGCAGAAGAAAUCGUCAAAGAGGCUUUUCGAACAAUGCAGAAGAUGGAGAAAUCUGUUUCAUCCUUGCCAAAGAUUGUCUCGUCUUCACCGGCAGUGGAGUCAGUGACACCACCUCUCAGUCCAAAGUUGGUUAGUUCACGUCGGGAGUCAUCAUCAUCAUCUGCUUCCUCCAUGUCUUCUUCGUCUACAAGACGGGCGGUGGUUGUUCGGUCGCCAGAUUCUGCCCUGCAGUCAGGCCUGGAGGCCAAGUCCAAGUUCACACCCACAGGACCCAUGCUGUGGAAGGGCUUUAUGUCCAUGUUGGAUGUGGCUAAGUUUUUUACUUCAGCCUACAGUGUCUCCGGCCCCACGGAUCAUAUUACAAUUCCAGAUACCAUUAACAUUCUAGGCAGAAUCUCUCCAGAACAAAUGUGGGAUUACCUGUCCAAGAUACGACAGGCAGGCUCUAAGGAUUUGACAGUUGUGAGGUUCAUCCCAGGAAAUGACGACCAGAAAGUGGCUUAUAUUCACCUGUAUUCCUACCUGAACAGCAGAAGUCGCUGUGGGGUGGCAGCCAGCACCAACAAGCAGAUCAAAGACUUCUACAUCAUACCCCUGGCAUCACACAGCAAGAUUCCCCUCACUCUGCUCCCAUUCGACGGCCCAGGUUUGGAAGAGAACCGUCCCCACAUGUUGAUAGGUGUCUUGGUUCGCCAAAAGGGCAAGCAGGCUAUAGACACCCCUGAUGCAGGAAAUGUUGGAAAAUCUGGCACCUCUGUGAAAUCUGGAAGCCAGAGCAGCUCUGUAAGCAGAUCUGGUAGCAGUUCUAGCAGUGGAAAACCUGUCAGUCAUAGGAGCACGGCAAGCAGCAGCACAAAACUGGUGACUCCAGUAGUCAGUAGAGAUCCACGCCUGGCAAAGCUGGCGGCCCGGGAAGCUAGUCCAAAGGUCAGCCCAGCAGAGAGCACAAUCUAUGUCACUUCAACAUCCGCAGACACCACAGAGGCACUUGUAGAGGAGUACGAACCAGAGUAUGUCCCGAUGCCUAUCAAUACGAAGA